AUAUGAUACAUGAUGCUGCUGCAUGACCUGCCCCACUGCUAUAGAGAAAAUGAGAGAACUGAAAGCAUAUCAAGAAUCUUUGAGUCCAAUGAGGUAUUAACUCCACUUCAAAUUCUUUCUUGUCCAACUGUCUCACAAGACAGAUAAGAACAGAACUCGAAAAGGGAAUCCCUUCACUGCUGCAAGCUUCCCUGGGGAAAAGAAAGGGAGCAUGAAGGAAUUGCACUACUUGUACUGCCAGAAGACAACAGGGCAAAGGGUAAGUUAUGUACAUUUGUUAAAGGAUAUCCACCUUAUAGUAGUGGUGUAGACCCUUGUCCAAGGGAGGCUACACAGACAAAAUGUUUAACUUUACACAUUUGUGCUUUCUCUUUGCCCAUAGGCCUUCCCUCUGAGCAACAUUAUGAUGUCACUCAGCUGAAAAAAAGUGAUGGGUGUAUGAAUUAUGAACUGCUUCAUAAACCACCAGACAGUUUGGCUAAAUCUCUGUGCCUGCCAUUUCCCACCUCUCACAUCUCUAGGUACAUCAUGUUCCCAAACUUCUGAUCACCUGAGGAUUAAGACACUAGAAGAUUCAGUCAUCAGCCUUUCCAUCCCAAUAUCCAAGCCAAGGCUUUUGAUGUGGUUGUUCUGAGGAAGACCAGGGGCAAGACAGCACUCUGUCCUAUGCAUCCCCUUAUCCUGGACAAUGAUAACAUGAAAGCAGUUGGCAGAUUAACAGGAGAACUAGGUCAAUACAUGAAAAUAAAGGAAAUAUUUCUGCUUAGUCUCUCGCAAGUGAGACCUCUUGAAGGGUGCACUGUAUGUUUACUUCAAGGUCAAUGUUUCCACAAAUCAAUUCUGCAUGAACACUGGAGGAGUACUGUUCUGAUGCCUCUGCCUUUAUUCAGGGUUCCUACUGUUGCAGCCAGCUACUCAGGCACAAUGCUGGGUAAAAUAGAAACAGUGGCCAGUCUCGGUCAGCAGCAUAAAAGACCAGAGGACAGGCCAAGAGAGACAGCACUGCCUGAAUGCGCAGUCUAGCUCCCUGGCUGUGAGGUUCCUUGGCACCAGACAGCACUGCUGGAGCUGCAGCACUCCUUCUCUAAGACAGCAGCACAAAAACGUUUUCAUGAUUUAAGAUGAGAGACAAAAGACCUCAGCAGUAACAUCACUAAGGGAAAGAGACAAUUCUAUGGUUUCAAUGCUUUUUAUUUCGUUUAA